GAGCGAAAGGGGCUCUGAUCCCGAAGAAUUCAAUCCAAGUCUGUCCCGCUGAGAGGUAGACAGAUUAUGGCGAUGCUCACUGAUUUGGAUCCCACAGCUCAGACGCCGCUUCAAGACAAACCGCUACAAGCUCAGGGACGAAGAAGCAUGAGAAAGGUUGCUGGCACACGUAAGAGAGAGAGCGAGAAGCCAGCACGAGCCUCUUCCUCACCGCCCCCAGCGAGCUCGCAAUUCUUGCAGUUUUGAUAUCAAUACCCCCGUGGCUUUGGGAUGAUGGGAAAAAUGCACAAAAGGCGAGAGUUUUGAACGAGAUGUGAAUUUCUUUUAUGGGAGUUCGUUGAAGGGUGAGUAAUGGCUGUCUCAUGAGGAGGAGGGUGUGCAUCAGACGAUGGAGCAUGCGGUCUCCGUCUCCCCCUUGAUCCAGCUCACGUUUCUCACGAAGGCGCCAGUUAAUGCCCGACAUGCAGCAACAGUGUGGCAGUGAUUGGCGUGUCCUCUUGAGCUCUGCAGAUUUGGACAGUCGAGGUCGUCUAGCUUCAGCACUCUGGUGGUGGCAGCGGGGAGCUAGGCCUUGUGUGUGUGUCGAGGUUUCCGUGACCGUUGAAAGGUGCCUGUGUGAUUUGGCGUCAGCAAGCUAGGGUGUCUGUUUCCGCAGCGCUGAGAGCCAAGAGAUUUUGCGUCGUCGUCAUCGUCGUCGUUGCAACCAAUGCUGACCGAAAACUAGCCUCUCGUUUUGAUUCACCAUGUGCGUUCCACUUAUCUCCCUGAUCAUGCCCGGCGUGUUGCUGCUGGUGAGGCACGUCGUUGUUGUCGUCGUCGUUAUAACUUGAAGAGCUUUGUCCGAGGUUAUGCGCUGGGCGUUGAGGUGCCUCGCCUACAGAGGUACUGCAGCUUAGUAGAGGGGAAGAGAUGACGUUUCAGGUGGAGGACACUGAAGUGGAUCCCCAGCUAGGGUAUCCUUCUGCGUAUCCCAAUUUGUGCCGCCAUGCCCACGCUACUGGUUUGCCUCUACCUUUCACUGAGGGCCCGCCGCAGCGCUUCCUGCCCUACUCUCCCCAAGCGGACGAUUUUCAACAUUUGAAAGAAUGGGAUACCGUGUUUCCAGUUCUUGCCGAAAGGGAGAAGGAGUCUUCGACGGCUCAAAAAUUUGCAGAGGAGCUUUGGCAGCAGCUUGACCACCUCGGGAAUGCUGGCUUUGAUCCGGCAAAAUUCAGAGUCGAUCCUUACGGAAAUGUAGUUUACUGGAAUGCUGACCCCUCGUCGCCACUCGCAUGGGACAUUGAUCAUUGGUUUCCUCGUUCUCGAGGAGGGAAGACAAAACUGCCAAACCUUCGGAUUGUGCAAUGGCAAGCAUAUUUGCGGAAACGGAAUCGCCUCGAGUUUUUGGUGCCGUGGUGGGAUUUGCAGCACGGGUGUUCCAUAAACCAAUUCCUAUCUGCCUUCGCUGCCAAGAAUGCUGAUUUCAGGAAGCGGUCGUUCGCGUUGUUCUUUGAAGGAGGAGAGGACGAAUCUGUGGCUAGAGAGCAUGUCGGCGAAUGCCGUCCAUGGCCUCAGCAGUUCCGUGAGAAGAAGGCACUCUGUGGCUUGGCGGCAGCAGCCAUAGUAAACGUCUCAAAGGACAAUGCGGAAGCUGGAGGUCAAGCUGCAAGCGUAUCAUCUAAAGCUCCAACGAGCUCCGAUGGUUCACAUAUCUUGGGCACCUAUCCCUUUGGUGCGAUUUUAGGAAGUUCACCCACGCAACUUUGGUCUGCUGAAGAAGAGGAGGCCGUGAAACGAGGGGUUAUUAAGUUCGGACCCGGCAGCUGGAAAGAGAUUAAAGAGGACGACUCCACUCUUGCCAAUCGAAGUGCUGUGCAGAUAAAAGAGAAGUAUCGGUUGAUGAGGGCGGUGUCAAGGAACCUCGGGCGGGAAUCCAACGGACCUGGCCGGAAUGACCUUUUAGGACGCCAGUCUGCAGCCACUACUGCAUUGCAGAAGGAACUCCGGGUGAAGAUUAUGAGAGAAGAAGAGAAACGAGAGAAGGAGGAAGAACUGGCACAAUUGGAGGAGACGGUGAUGAAGUUGAAGCUUGAGAAUGAGAAAGAGAGGAUCAAGUCUCUGGAACUUGAGGCCUUGCUUAAGAAACAAAAGCACCGUGUGGAAAAACAGCGGAAAUGGGCUGAGAGCCAGUCGUCUUAUCGUCUCUGCUUGGAACGAGUGCUGCGUGAUACUAUGCAUCAGACCAUGUCUUAUAAGGAGCAGGCGAGGUUGACUCGAGAAGCAUGCAACGUCCUCAUCGCCUGUCUUGACUCCCAGAAGGCCUCGUGUGAAGCUAUGGAAAGCGACCUUCUCCAGCGACACGCGCAGAGGGAGCUUUUGGAAGCAGCAGCAGCUAGAGUGAACGGGAGCAAACGCACCACUCUAGUCCAGAAAAAACUGGUCACGCAGGGGCGGGAUAUUGUUGAUGUUAGCAGCUGCGUCUCCCUUCGAGCAACGGACCAAGAGGACGAUGAAGAAGAGGAGAAGCUCGUCAUGACAGCGAACCAGUUGUCGGGAAGUGAUACUGGCGACGAGGGAGAAGACGAGGUUUAUAAUCUUCGACGAGAGUAUCAGCAGGCUGCUGCACGAAAGUCACUCGUCAGACAUGCAAUCAAAGUUGCGAUGCAGGUCGGAAAUGCGAAAGAUUCGAUGGAUUUGUCGCCGUGGGAGGCACCACCCGGCGUUGAGGCCAAAACUUCUUGCCCCGACUUCUUUAUAGAUUCCACAACAGGAGCUAGGUUGAGGGGGGAUGUGCCUCAACCGCACCAACGGUACGAAGCCGGCAGUGAAACACCAGAAAGUGGAAGCGAUAGUGACUUUGCCGAUGACGAAAUGAGUCCUGCGAUUCGCCUCUCUAGUGAUGGCGCCUGCAAAGAUAAUAACGUAUUGGUGAGCGAGUUGUCGCAGUUUCACGAUGGACCGACGUCUGAACUUCGUGACUUUUGUACUCGAAACUCGAAGCCAGGUUUGCGUGCUCUGGACAUGGCGGGAUAUGAUGCCUUCGAGCAUAGCCAAUCCCCGGUAGCAGAACCGACCUUAGAUAUUUCAGUUCCAAGCGCAGGAGAGUCAAGGUCUGAUUCCAAACGAGAAGUCCAGAAAGAUGUCAUUAUGGUUCAAACCGACAGCUUUAAAGCCAACGCAGAUACAGCGGCAUUAAGUAAGCAACAGUACUUAGAUGAGCUUCUUCAGCAAAUUCGGUUCCAGAUACCUACGUCGGAGGCAGCUGGGGAGGCUAUGGCGGACGGUCCUCCGUGGAUGUCAGAAGGAAACCUUGACGAGCUUAUGGAGCAGGUGCUGGCUACGCAUCUUGACAAAGUUAGACGAAACGAUGCCAGGCAGCACCAAAGCGCCGACGCCGAUGAUGAGGAACUGAAGGAUAUUGGAAAGUCGAACCUGGACAAAUGGCUUCAAGUUUUGUUGUUCAAGGAUGUCGAAUCCGCUCGCUCCUCUCCUGGCCGCGAUGCACCUCUUCAAACGAUCUCCCCAGCAUUGUCUUCCAUAAGUGUGGCAGCCAUGCGUAAAAGUCUGGAGCUUGCAAGUCAUCAGGAUCGUAUGAGUAGAGAAGGCGAGAAUGCCGAAAGACCGAAGAGCCUGUGGGGAACCUUGCUGAAGAAGCUCAGCGUGAAGCAUCAGCCGGGGCAGGAAAAUACGGUGUUCGAGCCCAAAGACGAUUACGAGAUCGUGGACGAAGCGCGAAAUCUUCCAAUCCCGCACCGCGAUGCGGACAUCAGCGACGUAGUGAAGACGCUUCUGAAGACCUCUCCUGCCACUGUCCCAGUUUCCGAGCACAACCAUAGCAACGGAAAUUUGGCGGAGAGUAGGCGAUCCAGCUGCGAUUCAGCUUGCGCUCUUCCAGGCUGGCCCGGCGGCUUCCAACUCAACACCAUCGCAUCUAGCCACUGCCCCAAAGAUGUCAUUACCGGCAUCUCGAAGGAGCCAAGCUCUCUCCCGAACGACUCUGCCUCCAUCUGGGCGACAGACACAAGGGUUGAAACCGGUUCGCAUGUGCACGCGCUGGAGAUGCACCCACACUUCCUCGAGGAGCGGCACUGUCAGCGACCCCUCUCAGACGUCGACGAGAUCUCGGAGACCGAGAGCGUGGACAGCCCAAACCCACCCUGCAGCCUCCCGGCGCCGGAGGGCAAAUCCCUUCCCCACAGACCUAAGAAGAGCCGGUCCAUCAAAGUGGCAGGCUUCGUGGGAUGGAAGAAAGCCCCCAAGUCGAAGCUGGAGACGAAAUCCUCGCAAGACGAUGAGCUGCCGCGUCGUGCUCGCUCGGAUCCACCUCCUCCUGUGAAGAUGGAUCGCUGACCAUCGACGCCGUAAACAGUGUGUGCAUGAUGUGGCUCCCAGUGAUCUUCGAGUAACCAUCAAUUAGACAAGUUGAACUAGAAAAUUCAUCGUGUUUGUGUCUUAGUGAUGAGAUUGGUCGUUCUUUUGAGAGCUAGAGCUUGGCCUGGAGAUGGCCGCCAAGUCGAUCGAUCAACGUCGACGUUGUCGGGGAUCAGGGAGUGCCGCUAUCACAUCCACUAUCAGGAAAGCUAUCAGAAACAGUGUCAUCACAAGGAAAAUUAUAAAUGAUUGUGUUUGUGUUUUGAAAACCUGAUAUAAGUAGAUGUUAACAUGUGUAACACAAAUGUGUUUCACUUUAUGGUAUGUUACCAAAUAUCUUAUUACGUUCUUCAAUGUU